CAAUCUCGGUACGCAAAUGAGCGAUCUGAACAUAUUUACAUAAGUUAGCGCAUUUUUUUUUUUAACGCUUUCUGAAGGGAAUUAAGCUGCAUUUAAAAAAAAAAAAUCAGAAUGACAGUUGGGAGUUUGAGAGUUGCCAUGACGACUGCAGCGCAUCUUCAGACAACACAGUGAACUUAUUGACUAAAAAACAACUCUUCUGUCUCGUUUGCUCCCAAAGAAAUGGCGAUGAACAGCAUCCUCAACCCUGAUGACAUUAAGAAAGCCCUGGUUGUAUUUAAAGCUGUCGACUCAUUCGACCACAAGAGUUUUUUUGAGAUGGUCGGACUGAAGGUGAAGUCAGCUGAUGAUGUGAAGAAGGCUUUCCACAUCCUGGAUGCAGACAACAGCGGCUUUAUAGAGGAAGAGGAACUUAAGUGUGUUUUGAAGCAUUUUGCUCCAGAUGGGAGAGACCUGACUGAUAAGGAGACCAAAGCAUUCCUGCAGGCUGCGGACAAAGAUGGAGAUGGAAAGAUUGGAGCAGAAGAGUUUGCUGCUUUGGUUCGCGAAUAAGUGGCUCAAAUUCUUGGCCUGUUCAUACCUCAUGACCCCUUGACCUUGACCUCAGCGUAACGCCCCUGAAGCACAGACACACACACUCACUUACACACACCCUCACACGCUUGCACGCCCCAUCCUGAACACUUCCCGACACACAAACUGACCUUCAUGCUAUUUAUUUUUCUUUUUAUACAAAAGUGAGUGUUUCUGCUAGUGUGUGGAUCAAGAGACCUUUACUUCAUGCCGGCAAUAUGUAGAUAUAUUAGAAAAGAAAACAAUGUAUUCUCCAUCAUCCACUGUUCUUCGUCUGUCUUUAUCUUCACCCCCCCGAAACUCUCUCCAUCUCUCCAGUAACAAGCCAUUGUAAAACACACCAAAAGAAGAAAUAGGUCAAGUUGUGAAAGAAAACUAAAUAAAGAGACAAUGCCUCAAGA